CUGAGAUGUUAAUGUGAUGAUAUGACGCCACUUUUAUUUGUUAGUUGUCUUCCGACCUUUUGCUUGGCUGUGAUAGUAUUUUUUUCAGAUAACAUGGUGCAGUUGGGUCAGUUCCUACUUCAACGUAUUUCUAAACACACAAACCCGUUUUUCGGAAAGGAAACGCCGAGCUAUGACCGAUUCUGGCGGAGAAGAGCGGUGCUCCUUCAGACCUCACAUUUUAUGGGCCGACUACGUAACUGUUACAAGCUGGCAGAGCGAUAUAACAAGCGGGCAUUGACCUACGUGACCACCGGAAGAAAGUACAGAAAGCAGGACUACAAGGAUCUCUGGGAUAUGAGGAUAGAGGGAGCGUGCAGGGAGCUUAACUACAAUUCCUGGUUCAUGCAGGAGUCUCUCGCCCGUACCGGAGUUCAUCUGGACAGGAAAAUUUUAGCCAAUAUGGCGUUUACCGAACCAAGGACUUUUAGAGCUGUGACGGCCAUCGCCGCUGAGAAAAGUAUGGAGGAACCGGAGGACGGCGGUUUAGGUCUUCGACCCUGUGGUCCUAAAAUUGACGUUUUUUCAAAACUAUAGUCUCUCUCUUUGAUUAUUAAAUUUAGGAAAUGUUUAGUUUCAGAA